AUGGACGACGUUGUAGAAGAAAAGGUAGAAGAUUGGAAAAAAAAAUAUUAUGAGAGAAUUAAAGUUCCAUCCGUUCAUCAUCCAGAACCUUCUUUUCCUCCGAAGGGCACAAUAGAUCCGGUUGUUUGGUUAAAUUAUCGCAACGGCCUUAACAAAUAUAUUGAAGAUCUCCAAUUAAAACCAAUUUUUGCCGAUCUAGUCUAUAUCAAAAAUUUGUUAGCAAAAUAUCCAUAUGAUGAUGAUAAAUUCAUUAUCAAGCAAUAUAAAGCAUCUUUAGGAAUCAUCACUAAUAGCGACGAAUCUGAUAAAGCUAAAAAAACGAAAACAAGGCGACGUUAUCGAAACUCCUUUUACGCCAAAAAUUUACUUAAGGUUAUAAGAAUGCUAAAAGAAGAUGGUGUUCGAGAAGAAUUUUUUCGUCGGGCAAAAUUUCCAAUUACAUUAUUGCAAGAUAAGGAUAUUUCUCCAAUUAUUGAAGAAUUUAUAAAGUCAUAG